GAGCUCGAUGAAAUCCGCAAAUCUGGGAUGAAGAAUUUCCGCAAUAUUCAAGUGGAUGAGACAAAUUUCUUGAGCUGGCAAGGACUCAUCGUUCCUGAUUGUCCUCCGUACGACAAAGGAGCGUUUCGCAUCGAGCUCAUCUUCCCCGCCGAGUAUCCCUUCAAGCCCCCCAAGAUCACCUUCAAGACAAAAAUCUACCACCCCAACGUGGACGAGAAAGGCCAGGUGUGUCUGCCCAUCAUCAGCGUCGAGAACUGGAAGCCCGCCACAAAGACUGACCAAGUGAUCCAGAGUCUCAUUAAUCUGGUGAGCUCCCCCCAGCCGGAGCAUCCGCUGAGGGCCGACCUGGCGGAGGAGUACAGUAAAGACCGCGCGAAAUUCAUGAAGAACGCCGAGGAGUUUACAAAGAAACACAGUGAGAAGCGACCCGUCGACUGACGACACAACACUGACGUUCCCCGGCUGCCGGCCUCCUUUCUGUUUCCUGUUUAAAAAGAGCCCACCCUGACUCUCUGUUCUUAUCCCCCAACUACACAGAGAUGCCCUGUUCUCGCAAAACCUGCAUUGUUUUAGCACUCUCCAACCACUCCUUCAUAGAGGCUUGUGUUUCUGUUUCACUUUGCCAAAAACAAACAAAAAAACGUAGGACUUUUUGGUGAAUAGGCAGGCUCUGGUCGCUAGGUGUCACCUUCUUUUUGGUUGUUUUGACUUCUUUCUACUGAUUUCUUUUUAGAAAAAAUGAGAAAAUUGUCGGAGGUGGCAUCCUGGAAAGUAAAAUAUCAGAAAAAUUAAAAAAAAAUAAAAUAAAAAAGUGCUGUUCUGCUUACUUAAAUGUUGAAUGUUUUUCUCAGAUUAAUCAUUAGCUUACGCAGACCUGUUUACAGAUUUUUAAGCUUCGUUUUCAAAAAAAAAGUUAACAUCUGCAGCAUCCGAUGCUGCUGUUUAUAUCUGUUUUCUUCACCCCCCCCCUCCCCUCCCACCCUUAAGAUACACUGUACUUUGUGAAAUCACCUGUUGCAGUACAUAAAAAUUAAAGUUGAUUACUGAUGCAGAAAUCCACAUGUAAACACAGAAGUUCAUGAAAAAUGCAACGACGUUCACGUGUCCUUUUGGAAAUGUUUUUGUAUUUUGAGAUGUUUUGGGGGGGGGAAGGUCUCUUAUAAUUAAAAUUCUUUCACCUCCGUUGGCCUCCCAGGAAAGUGCGUAGUGUCAGUGAGCAUUAUAUCCACAGUAGUUCCACAGGCACUUCUUUUUCUCUUAAACCUUGUAAAUGUAUCUCCUCUUAUCAAGUUCAAGCUCCAUUAACACACACAUGUUCAGGAAUAAGGAAAUAAAUCAAGCGUGGCUUUAAAAUUACGUCCCGAGUCCGACGCCGACUAUACUUUCAUUCUGAGAACGAGAAAUACGAAGCACUGAUUGGUUCCAGCACUGCAGUUAUAAAGCCGCUCCAACUGGCUUCUCUCCAUCAAUAAUCCCCAUCAGCCAGUGAGUAUAUUGUGUUAUAGAUGGUAGCACACCAGCAGACUCUACGCCGUUCACAUAGAAGGCAAUACGUCCAACUGCAGGUGGAGGACAGAAGGGUGUUAAUGAAUAAAGAUGUGCGAUGGAUGCUUAAUCAAA